CACUCCUCUCUCUCUCUCUCUCUCUCAAAAGCUCUCCAACCCCAAGAGGCCCAGCAGAGGAAGGUGGUCACUCUCUGAAAGGUUCCACUCGAGAGAGGCAACAUGCAGCAGGCCUCCCUCCUGCUGCUGCUGCUGCUGGCGGGGCUCUGCGCCCUCUCGCGUGCCCAGUACGAUGAAGACCCCCACUGGUGGUUCCACUACCUCCGAAGCCAGCAGUCCACCUCCUAUGACCCCUACGAUCCUUACCCUUAUGAGCCUUAUCCCUACGGGGUGGACGAAGACCCAGGUUAUGCCUACGGCUCCCCGCUGGCCCCCGAGCCCCGCGACUGCCCCCAGGAGUGCGACUGCCCCCCCAACUUCCCCACCGCCAUGUACUGCGACAACCGCAACCUCAAGUACCUGCCCUUCGUCCCCUCCCGCAUGAAGUACGUCUACUUCCAGAACAACCAGAUAGCCGCCAUCCAGGAGAGCGUGUUCGACAACGCCACCGGGCUGCUGUGGAUCGCGCUGCACGGCAACCAGAUCACCAGCGAGAAGGUGGGCCGGAAGGUCUUCUCGAAGCUGAGGCACCUGGAGCGGCUCUACCUGGACCACAACAACCUGACCCGGGUGCCGGGCCCCCUGCCCCGGUCCCUGAGGGAGCUCCACCUGGAGCACAACCAGAUCUCCCGGGUGCCCGGCAACGCGCUGGAGGGGCUGGAGAACCUCACAGCCUUGUACCUGCACCACAACGAGAUCCAGGAGGUGGGCAGCACCCUGAGGGGCCUCCGGUCUCUGAUCCUGCUGGACCUGAGCUACAACCACCUGCGCAGGGUGCCCGACGGGCUGCCCGCAGCCCUGGAGCAGCUCUACCUGGAGCACAACAACGUCUACAGCAUGCCCGACAGCUACUUCCGGGGCUCGCCCAAGCUGCUCUACGUGAGGCUGUCGCACAACAGCCUGACCAACAACGGGCUGGCCUCCAACGCCUUCAACGCCAGCAGCCUCCUGGAGCUGGACCUCUCCUACAACCAGCUGCAGAAGAUCCCCCCGGUCAGCACGAACUUGGAGAACCUCUACCUCCAAGGCAACAGGAUCAAUGAGUUUUCCAUCAGCAGCUUCUGCACGGUGGUGGAC